AUGGAUUCUCGUGAUAUUAUUUCUUGGAACACCAUCAUCUCCUGUUACGGUUUCAGCGAUUAUCCUCACGAAGCUUUACUACUUUUCGAAGAGAUGAAAGCAGAAGGUUUUCAGGCCAACAGAGUCACCUUCGUUGCUCUCCUAACAGCUUGUAGUCAUGCAGGGAAGCUCAAAGAGGGUUUCCAAUUCUUCGAAGCAAUGAGGAAGCAAUAUGGAAUCAUUCCUGAUGUAAGCCACUAUGCUUGUCUGGUGGAUUGCAUGGGAAGAAUAGGAGAACUUCAUGGGGCGUAUGAAUUCAUUAAAAAUAUGCCUAUUGAACCUGAUGACUGUGUUUGGAGUGCGUUGCUUAGUAGUUGCAGGAUUCAUGGUGAUUUGGAUCUAGCAGAAGUAGCAGCUAGCCAUCUUAUACAGUUGAAGCCACAACAUUCAGGAUAUUGGGUUCUUCUAUCUAACAUAUAUGCUGAUGCUUCCAGGUGGGAUGAUGUGGCUAAAGUGAGAGCAGCCAUGAAAGAGGCGAGUGUGAAGAAGUUUCCAGGUUAUAGCUGGAUUGAAAUUAGUCAGAGUGAGGUGCACCAGUUUCUUACUGCGGAUAAAUCUCAUAAAAAUAGUGGUGAUAUUUAUCUUGCUCUGGAAGGACUGACCUUGCAGUUGCAAGAUGAGGGUUAUGUCCCCCGCCUGGAUUUGAAGUUUUCUUGGAAGGGCUCAUUUGAUUGCUUGAAGUCAUAG